AUGCCAGAGACGGAUAUAUCGUUUGGAAGGUCAUUACUGAGUUUGCGUCGAGACCAAGCAAACUUAAUGGACCCAACUGCCAUCCCCGAGCCUAUGACCAUGGAGGUUGAGUUAGAUUCUUUCCAACGACAAGUUGCUGAGAAGUUUAUCGACCUCAACGCCUCCGCGGAUGACGAAGAGCCCCUCUCACUCGAAUGGAUAGCGAAACUUCUUGAUUCCUUUCUCUGUUGCCAAGAAGAGUUUCGAGUUAUCAUAUCUAACCACAAGUCUCAGCUUCUCAAACAGCCAAUGGACCGUUUGAUAGAAGAUUACUUCGAGAGGAGCGUCAAGGCUCUUGACGUAUGCAACGCGAUCCGUGACGGGAUCGAGCAAAUCCGACAGUGGCAGAAAGUGGUUGAGAUCGUAACGUCAGCUUUGGACACAAGCCAGAGACAAGAUCUCGGUGAAGGAGAGAUCAACCGUGCGAAGAAAGCUUUGAUUGAUUUGGCCAUCGGAAUGGUAGACGAGAAAGAGUCAUCGAACUCAUUGGCACAACGUAACCGUUCUUUCGCACGCAACAAGGAGCAUAGUAACAAAAACAUUGGCUACAUUAGGUCACUCUCAUGGAGCGUGUCUAGGUCGUGGUCAGCUGCUAGGCAGUUACAAGGCAUAGGAAACAACUUGGCAACGCCUCGAACCAGCGAUGUCAUAGCCACUAGUGGCUUAGCCCUAACCGUAUACACGAUGACAUCAAUAUUGCUAUUCGUAAUGUGGGUUCUUGUAGCGGCCAUACCUUGCCAAGACCGUGGGUUACAAGUUAACUUCUAUUUCCCUAGGCAUUUCCAAUGGGCAGUACCGGUGAUGUCGUUGCACGAUAAGAUCACUGAAGAGUCAAAGAAAAGAGACAAGAAGAAGGCGUGUGGACUGCUUAGAGAGAUUAACCAAAUAGAGAGAAUCUCGAGGAUGUUGAGUGAGCUGAUUGAUUCUGAUAACUUCUCAAUGGCGGAUGAGAAAGGAGUAGAGGUGAAGGAGAAAGUGGAAGAGUUGAUGCAUGUUUGUGAAGAUGUGAGAGAAUGUUUGGAACCAUUUGAAAGGAAAGUUAGAGAAGUCUUCCACAGGAUCGUCCGUAGCCGCACUGAGUCUCUUGAUUCGCCUGGAAAGGCUCAGAAUGAUCAAGAAUAG